GUGUCCACCAUAUCUUUCCGCCACAUAGUCUCCUUCAAAAUGUCUCCCCAAAAGUGGCGGUGGAUGAUUCUUAUAUCAAAGUCAAUCAACUCAUUCAUUACUUUGGGUACGUUUAAAGGUAUGGGUGUUUUUAUUCCCUAUUUCGUGGACCACUUCCAGACAUCCGUUGCUUCGGUGGGUCUUGCCCUGGGACUGUUCGGUAGUUUGUGCUCAUUGAUUGCCCCUGUUGCCAGUGCGAUGACGUCUUACGGGCCAAGGAAACUUGUGAUGAUUGGUGGAGCUGUUACUGCAAUCGGAAUUAUUGGCGCAGCUACGUCAUCGUCCAUCAUUUAUCUUGCCAUGUGGUUAUCGUUAUCAAGUAUCGGAGAAUCUUUGGUUUUGCUUCCAUCGUUCAAACCUCUCAUGGACUAUUUCCCGGAAAGCUUUGCUACCGUAAACGGGCUUUCAUUAGCAGUUGGGACGUUCGGCAUGAUGCUCUUCCCGCCCUUUUCCGAAUGGUUAAUAGAGAAGUGUGGAUGGAGGGGCGCCCUCUGUGUCCUUGGUGCCGUCAACUUUAAUUUGUGCGCCACUGGGGCCCUCUUCAGACCGUUAGCAGACAAACAACGACCAGCGAUGUCACAAAUGGGAUAUCAGCAAGUUCGUGACCAAGAAUUGACAAAUGAGUGUGAAGAAAAUAAUCACUCUAGUGGAUUAGAGGGAGGUUGUUUGCAACACUGUCAAACAAUAUUCUCUGUUCUGAAAGCUAAAUUUGACACGACGUUAUUUGUCGACGAACCAUGGUUUACUUUGUUUCUGGUGGGGUUCUUUUUCAGCGGAGCGGUGUAUGCUGGUUGGCAUUUGUUUCUCGUUCCGCACGCCAUAACCCUUGGUUACGGGUCCCAGUUGUCUUCAUUUUUAUCAACAUUUGGCGGGAUUGGUUCGUUCGUAGGUCGCCUCUCGAAUGGUUUCUUGAUUAAUAACAAUCUCAUCAGACCAGUGAAUCUAUUCAUCGUUGCGUCAUUCAUCUGUGGGGUGACGUGUCUCGCUGACCCCCUAGCCGUUUCAUCUUUCGUUGCUUUGUCUGUUCUUGCCGCAAUAACUGGACUCGUUGUUGGGUUCAUCUAUCCAUUGACUUUCGUCAUCGUAAACACGAUUGCCAAAGGACGAGAAAUGGCGGCAAUCGGAUGGCUUUACGUGUUUCUGGGAGCCGGUCAAAUCUUUGGCGGCUACUUUACAGGCUGGAUGAAAGAUCUGACUCAAGAUUACGGGGUUGUGUUUAUGUCGUAUGGAGUGAUGUCUCUUGUAGUCGUGGUGUUAAUGAUGGGUCCUAAACUGAAUCGACUUUGCUGCCACUCUGACUCUUAAUGAAUAAGGAUUUGGGUUUGUAACACAAAACACAGAAUCCACAGAUGUACAUAAAACUUACAGAAAAAGAUAA